AUAUAUCAAUAAUGACGGCAAUAAUAAUAAUUAUGGUGCUGAUUAUAAAAACUUUGUAGAUUCUAUAUCGUUGGAUUGUGGAAGUAGCACGAGCAAGGAGAUGUCUAAUGUGCGAAGCAUAUUUGUCCCGUUAAACAAGAAGCCUCACAUAUAUGAAAACCUAUCGACAUCGGAGUGUGGCGCACAAUGUUUACACAAUGAAACAAACUGUAUAUCCGCAUACUAUAAAGAAGAUGGGUCAUGUUUGUUGUAUACUAAUGACGCAACCCGGAAUUAUGUAACUGUUGCAGCGGAAAAUGACAGAGAACACUUAUUUAUGGUCACGUGUCUUAUAGAGAAGGCACCAAAUAUUAAAGUCGAUUCUUACUGGAUAUCAUAUAAGGAAACCACUAUAACAGAAUCCGGAAUCUUGACGAACCGGGGAUAUCCAUUGACCUAUGCAUACAAUUCUUUCUUUAGAUGGAAGAUAGACCUUCCCGAAAAAUAUGUAAUAUUACAAUUUAUGGAUAUCUCACUAAGGAAGUUCGAGACUCAUCCGGUGUCGUCUUCAAAUGUCAACAUGUGCGACGAUACGAUAAUUCUCGAAAGUACGGACACCUCUAUACGAAAUCCAUUACAAGAUUUCAAAAGAGAAAAUACUGCGACACAUCACACCAUUGAUAGUGACUACACAGGCAGGAUGCCGGCUUUCUCGAUGGGUGGACUUGUCAGCAGAACAUCAAAUUAUGUAACAUUCUAUUCUUGCUCCGUUGGGAGCAUGUUGAACUCUGGAAGAGGAUUCAGAGUACAUCUUUCAGGCACAGAACGACCGUUUUGUCUAGACAACGCCAAAAUGUCUGUAUGCUUAUUCCCGGGAAUGGAACUAAUGUCACACAAAUUCCUGGGACGGUAUGAUUUGGCAAAUGUUCAGCAAGAAACUCAUACGUGGCUUAUCAUUGAUGGUAGUUUAUAUAGCCAUGACGUCUUAGCUUUUGAUUCACUUCUAAUGACGUUGGAGUUCAAGGAUUUUGACAUUAGUUGUCAUUCAGAAUCAGUUUUAGAAGUUGUCGAUGAAUUUGGUAACAAACAUGUGUACUGUAACAACAACAGACCUUACGGAAAACAGCUUACUUUGAGGGGGUACAUCAAAAUAACAUACACCCCAAACCGACUGCAGUCAGCAGUGGAUACAUAUUUUCCCGAAGGAUUUCACUUGAGUUAUAGAUGCAUUCCAAUGCACCAGACAUUGCCUUACAAUCUUUCUAUAAACACAGGUAAUUUAAUAUUUUUGUCUAAGUCAGCAAAUUCAGAAAAUUUGGAUAUUGGCGAUUCAACUGAACGUGAAAGGAGGCGUUCUGAACCUCGCUUCGGACUCUUACAGAAAGGAGGCGUUCUGAACCUCGCUUCGGACUCUUACAGAAAGGAGCGUUCUGAACCUCGCUUCGGACUCUUACAGAAAGGAGGCGUUCUGAACCUCGCUUCGGACUCUUACAGAAAGGAGGCGUUCUGA